ACCUUUUUCUUAAGACCUUUCCGUGUGGAAUUGUUGUGCCCUUUCUUAUGGAAAACUCUGCGAAGAGGAAAAAGUCGCUAUCCUGUGUGGAAUUGUUGUUCUUUUCUUAUGGAAAGCUCUGCGAAGAUGGAGAAGUCUCUAUCCUGUGUGGAAUUGUUGUGCCCUUUCUUAUAGAAAACUCUGCGAAGAUGAAGAAGUCGCUAUCCUGUGUGGAAUUGUUGUAUCUUUUCUUAUGGAAAGCUCUGCGAAGAUGCAGAAGUCAUACGCGUACUUCUGUGAUGCUACGAAGAUGAUGGUUUUAUGAAGAAUCAGGGUUUUAAAGAGAUUGUAAUGCCCGUAACUCAAAAUUCGAAGGAUCACUGUAAGGGGUAGGCGCUAAUUUUGCAUCAAGCUUUCUUUUCUGCAAGCCGUUAAUUUGUUAACUUUUCAGCUUGGUCGACACUGGACAGAGCCCACUAAUAGCGACAAAAUGAGCAGUUCUUCAACGAAUAUCGCUCCCAACAACGAAAUUUCAAGUGCUGGUUGUAACAGAUCUUCUUCUACCACUGGCCUUCUAGGUUCUCUCUGAAUAUACUUAUACGGUACAUUGAGAAUGUUUUGUCCGCUAUCACUAACCAGGGCUUGGGCUGCAAAAUAAUUGACAGUGGAACAGAGCUAAAGGAUUUAGUGCAGCCUGUUGCCUCAGAUUUUUCUAAAUUGUUUGAAGGCAUUUCAGAUAGUUCAAAAAUGUUUUCGGAUCAGAAAUUUUUGAAAUCCCGGCUUUCUACUGAAGCACAUUCAAUGGCGGUUGACGUGUUGAAAGGAUUGGGGAAUGCACAUUGGGUUGCAGCGGGGCUGUUAGCGAUAGCCAAUGUUUUAGAAAGAUUCGACAACAUCUCCGCAAAUGAUAGAGAAUGCAUCGACCUUCUCAAGGAUAUGCUUAAGCUAGGUAAAUAUUUGAAGCAAAUGAAAGACCUCAAUGUUAAAUUCCACAAAGAAGUUUUGAACGAUAUGCGUGAAGCUGUUCAAUUGAUACUUUCUGGUGCGAUUUUGUGUCGUUCCUUUAUCACAUCGAAUAAAUUAUCAAAGUUCCUCUUGACCAAGAAAAUCCGGGAUGAACUUGUAUAUGUUCGGGGAAAAGUAAAUGCUCUGAAAGCCGAUCUUCAGGGUCACAUGCAGCUUCUGAUGAUGAAGACACUUACCUUCAUCCAAGAGCAAUAUAUUACAGGUCGAAACGAGGAGAAUAUCUGCCUUGGAAUAACAGAGCAAAACCAAUCCGAGGAUGCACAGUGCGAGAAAACAGAGCUGGAUGGAUCAGAGUCAGACACUGUUUCUUCUCAGGGACAAGAUAAUUGUAAUGAUAUCAAUGGGUAUAAAGAACUGAAAAUUCCAAUAUGUAUCUCUUUCCAGCUGGGUAAAUUUCUUAGAAAAAGAAUUCAAACUAUGUUUGGACCGCGGCCAAAAUGUUCCCUUCCUCUAGAAUUACAAAUGUUUGUGAAGGAGAUGCACUUACCUCAAAUUGAAUUCAAAUUCGACGAAUUGCACAAGGCAACAAAAGGGUUUAGUCAAAAAUUAGGAGAAGGAAUUUUCGGGUCUAUAUACAGCGGAAACCUGUCUGAUGGAAGACGAGUGGCAGUAAAGGUCGUAGCAACUAAUAGGGAUUAUUGCGAAAUAGAAUGGAUGAACGAGCUGAGGAUUCUACCAAAGCUACAACAUCGAAACAUCGUAGAGCUCGUGGGAUAUUGCUUUGACAAUAUGAUGUUAGUCUAUGAUUACAUGCCACGAGACCUAGACAGAAUUAUUCUUGGAGAAGAUGAAAUGAUUAUUGACUUGCCAACAAGACACAAUAUUAUACUGGACAUAAUAAGGGGACUUGCUUAUGUUCACAAGGGUGUAGAUGUGUAUGUAGUGCACAGAGACAUCAAACCCUCCAACAUUCUUUUGGAUGAGAAUUUGAAUGCCAAGAUUGGUGAUUUUGGAAUUGCUCAAAUACUGCAGCCGAGAAAUGCUCAAUAUGCCAACAAGGAUAUAAGCAUUGAAACGUCUGUUGAUGGAACAGUAGGUUACAUAGAUCCCGACUACUGGGAAACUUCUCGUGUGAGUUUGAAUUCGGACAUUUACAGCUUUGGAAUGCUGCUAUUAAAUGUCAUAUCCGGCAAACGACAUAUUGUUGUAGAGCCCGAUAUCUUCUUUCUCAUUGAAGAAAUUUACGGUUUCGUUUACCAAUGCAGGCAUGGAGGUUACAUGAAGAAGAUCGCCUUACUGAGCUAAUAGACCCUCGAUUGAUCAACACAGUGGAUUUGAUCAACUCAAGCAGCAUGGUAAGGACAAUCAAAAUAGCUCUCUGGUGCAUUCAACGGACAUCUGAAAUGCGUCCAUCAGCGUCAAGAGUGUUAGCGAUGCUGUCAUCAGAAGAGGAGAUUCCAAAACCCAGACUAGAUCAAUCAUUUUACGAAUACUACUCUAAAGAUCAGAUUUCUGCUUACACAUCACCUGCAAAAUCUUGUGUUGCUAAAUCCUCUGUUGCUGAUGAGUACCAUUCCUCAGAGCAAGAGAUUCCCAUCUCUACCUCACCAGUUGGUGACAAUUUCUUAGAAGAGAAGUUUUUCAGUCCCAUUAUUCCACUUGAGCUCUCUGGUGCUGAUUUUAAUGUGUCACAAGAGGAUAAUUGGAUACCUACCUUUCCUCCCAUACUCUCCAGUGCUGAUUAUAAUUUCUCACAGGAAGAGAAUUGGAUGCCUACCCCAGCAACUAAAUCUUUUGUUGCUCAUGACCACUACUCAGAAGAGGAGAUCCCCACUCCCACCCCACCAAUAGAAUCCUCAGAAGAGGAGAUUCCCUUUGCCUCCCCACUAGUUAAAUCCUCUGUUGCUUAUGACAAUUCCCUAGUUAAGAAAAUUGAAGAAUCAAAUAGUAAAUGGUCAGAUGCAUCUCUUAAAACAUUACGAAUACUGUGUGUUUUUUCAAUUGUAAGCUUCAUUUGCCUUUUUAGAAUGUUUACAUAUGUAUCUCCCUCUGUAAUCCAGUCUUCAAUGAAGCGGACACAUUGCACA